UGCGAUUUAUGCGUUCCUUCUUAUUACAAUUUUGGACCAGAAGGAUGUCAAUUUUGUCAUUGUAAUGAAUUAGGGGCUGUUGCAGGCAAAGAAUGCCAUAAUAUAACGGGUGAAUGUCAAUGUCUUCCAAAUGUUGUUGGGUCUAAAUGUGAAAGUUGUGCUCCCGGCUUUUUUAAUAUGACUGCUGGAAUUGGCUGUCAGCCUUGUAAUUGUGCUCAAAUGAGUUCUGAGGGAACCAUAUGUGAUGAAAGAACGGGACAGUGUCGUUGUAAAGCGGGUGUUACUGGUCUCAAAUGUGACAAAUGCGAACCUAAUUAUUAUGGAAUUGGCCUAGAUGGCUGCAAACGUUGCCGAGUAUGCCCAAGUGUAGGGCAAGUAUGUGAUUCUGUAACAGGUGACUGUGUUUGUCCACCAAACACUCUUGGAGAAAUGUGUGAACGUUGUACAAGUAAUGCUUGGAAUUAUCAUCAAUAUCGUGGUUGUCAGCUUUGUGAGUGUGAUGGAAUUGGUGCUGAUUCACAAAUAUGUGAUCAACGAACUGGUCAAUGUAAAUGUAAACCAGGUUAUGUUGGCCACCGCUGUGAUUUGUGCGAACCUGGAUAUCAUUCUUUCCCCGAAUGUAAAUCAUGUCAAUGCUCCUUGGCUGGAACAGAACCUUCUGAAUGUCGAGGAAGUACUUGUCUAUGUUCUUCUAAAGAAGGUCAAUGUAAAUGCAAAAAACACGUUUCUGGCUUAAAAUGUGAUAAAUGUGUUGAGGGAGCUUUUAGCCUAGAAACUUGGCAUCCUUUGGGAUGUACAAAGUGUUUUUGUUUUGAACGAUCGACAGAAUGUCAGCAAUCAGAAAGACUUUAUUGGAGACAACAAUAUGCUUCGGACAGAAAAGUUGUGUUUGAAUCGCCGUUUGAAAUGUUUGAGAGAAAACACAAUUUGCAUGUUUUAAAAGAAUGGCCAAACGACUAUAAUUCCUACCCAACCAACCACACUCCACUGUAUUGGCCAAUGCCUGAAAGUUUCAAAAAUGAUCGAACUGGUUCUUAUAAUGGAUUUUUACGUUUUCGGAUUCGAAAUGAAGACCACAACUAUAAAGGAUCUUUUCUUCAACCAAAUGUCCAUGUAUUUCGUCUUUUCCCUCAAGUCGUUUUGAUUGGAAGUACUCGUAUUGAAUUGGAACAUGUACCUUCACAUUCGAAUAAUAUAAUAGAUGAUGGAAUUUAUAAAGUUCGCCUUCACGAGAGCCAAUGGCGUAACAGAAUAAGCCCUCAAGUUCCUGUGACACGCAAAGAAAUGAUGAUUGCUCUCUUGGAUGUUCAACAUAUUUUUAUUCGUGCAACUUACAACGAUAUGUAUCGGGGUGAUAGUAUUUCGAUAUCAGAAAUUUCAUUGGAUGUGGCUACUGAAGAAAUGGAGGGGGAACCAGCUAUGGGCGUCGAGCAAUGCUUUAAUUGUGCUAAAGGUUAUACUGGCCGUUCUUGUCAACAAGCUGCACCUGGAUUCUUUAUUGCAUACAUUACUGAUUAUUUAAAUCAACCAAAUCCAAUUGUUCUUUCCGGAAUGGCUAUGCCGUGUGAUUGUCACAGCCAUUCCCAACUUUGUGAUCCCAAAACUGGAGAAUGCAUUGAAUGCCUUCACAACACUAUAGGCACACGUUGUGAACGUUGCAAAGAUGGUUAUUAUGGGAAUGCAUUAAGUGGACUUCCAGAUGCUUGUCAUCGUUGUUUAUGUCCGUUGGAGGAUAAUUCAUCAAGUUCUAAAUGUGUAGCAAGUGAAUCUAGUGGUAGAGGAUAUUAUUGUACUGAAUGUAAUCCUGGACAUGUUGGAAUGUAUUGUGAAAGCUGUGAAGCAGGCUAUUAUGGCAAUCCAUUACAACCAGGCGGUCGUUGCAUUCCUUGUGCUUGUCAUCCACAUGGAAGUCUGAGUACUGUUUGUCACAAUAUAACAGGCCAGUGCCAAUGUAGAGAAGGCGUUGAAGGACGUGCUUGCUCUAUUUGUAGUCCUAGACAUGCUUUUCUUAAUGGAGUUUGUACUUCUUGCGAUCAAGGAUGCUAUCGUGAAUUGAUGCUUAUAGAAGAUGAUAUGGAAAAACAGUUACUUCCUCUACAUGGAUUACUGUCCAAAUCUAGACCAAUUCCACACAAACGACUAGCUAGAAUUCGAACCUCAGUUACUACAUAUUCUUCUUUAUUGGAUAGUAUUGGUGGAGAAGAAUUUAAUUCUUUGAAGUCUGAGCCUGAAUUAUCUUGGGCCAUCUCAUUAACUGAAGGAAAAGGAUUUGAAGAAAGUGAUGAUCCUACUAGCCGUUCUUUCCGUCAUGCUCACAUUCUUGCAGAAGAAUUUCGAUUGCUACAAGAGAGAAAUAAUGAAUCUUUAAUUAAACUUAACAAUUUAGAAAAUAAUUUGAAUAAAAUACGUGCAAAAGUAAAGGAAGAGAAUAAACGUGUUAUUGAUAUUGUAAACCAAUUAUCUCAAUUUGUUCAUCGUUCUGGCCAGUCAACAUCCUCUAGCCAAUUACAAUAUUGGUUAGAUCAAGCAGAAUCUUUGUUAAAUACUUCAAGGGAAAGAAUGGCAAUAAUUGAAAAGAAAUAUAAUUAUGCAAAGAAAAAUGCUGAAGAAGCUGAACGUCUUUUAAAUGAAAUAACAGCCCGAAAAUUAAAUACAACAUCCUACGAACAUUUAGCAGAAAAAUAUCAUGAAUAUCAAUUAUUAAUUAAAGAAUUUCGAAAUAUUUUAUGGGACGAGGCUAGAACGGGGAGUUUAGCAGCCAAAAAUACAAGUCUUGUAGCUGAGGGGGAAUUGGAAAAUUUACAAAAAAUAAUAGAGGAAAUAGAAAAAUAUAUAAAAUUGGUCGAAGAAGAAAUAAAUAAUGGAAAUUUAAAUAUUUUAAAAAUUGAAGAAAAGAUAAAGGAAAAUGAAGAGAUUGGAAAAGAAAUUAAAAAUAAAUUAAUUUUAAAAAUUAAAAAUUUGAGAGAAGAAGAAUUACAAAAUUUGGAGGGGGAUUUUGUUAUAUUCUCAAUGGAUGCUUUAGCAGCUUCCAACGUUUACGAAUUAAUUAUUAAUUUAUUACAAAAUGCCACAAUGUCCACAGCUUCUGCCAGAUAUACAACAGAUACAGCAAUAAAUUUAAUUGACCCUAAAGAAGAUAAUUCUUUAUUUUUAUUAUCAAAUAUAUCAGCAACUAAAUCCUUAGAAUUAAAUAAUAAAGUAGAUUUGCUUUUACAAGAUUUGGGUGUUAAAGAACAAAGUAAUAGACUUUGGAAUAAUUUGGAUAAUUUGGGAAGUGUUGUUUUGGCUGCGCAGAAAAAUAUUAGUUUAAUGAGGGAUGUUCAACAAUUAUUGGAGGACCACCAUGACCGUAUCAGCACAGUCUUUACAGCAGUAGAUGAUGCACGUGAAGGCUUGGAUUUAAUAGAAGAAACUAUAAUAGAAUUUAAUGAAGACGUUGAAGGAAUUAAACAACGUGUAAAUUCAAUACAACAUUUUACUUCUUCGAGUAUUAAAGAAAGUAUUAGAAAUUUGACUGAAAAUGCAAAAGAAGUUGAUUUAUUGGAUAAAGAUUUUAGUCAAUUGGAAGAAAAAACAGAAGAACAUUCAAAACAAAUUAAAUUAUUAAGAAAAGAUUUGGGUGUUUUAAAAGAGAAGAUUGAUGAAGCAAGAGAAAAAGCAGCAAAAAUAAGGAUUGGAGUUCGUUCUGAUGUUGGGAGUGGAUGCAUUAGGGAAUUCCUCUCUCCAAUGCGCCCAACAACUUCCAACACAAUUUCUCUCAAAUAUCGUCCUGUAAUGGAUUCUCCCGAUUCUUUAUUAUUAUUUACACAAGUACCAGCUACUAGAACACAAAGUCGAGAAUAUUUAGCAAUUGAAUUGAAACAAAAGAAAAUUCAUGUAAAAUGGGACAUUGGAGAUGGCCGUAGAGAGGCUAGUCUAUUUAUUUUUAUCAUAAAAAGAAGAAAUGAGGGAAACAAAGCGUUUGUUUGUGGUGUAGCAGCAAUAAUUAAACGUAAUAUUGUCUAUAUACCAGCAUCUUCUCGUUAUACGUGGUACCAUAUUGAAGUGAAAAGAAUCGCUAAUACAGUACAAGUCAGUGUAGUUCAACGCCUCUCUGUGGGAGGUGAUAGUUCUCGAGAUAUUGAUGAGCCAACACAAGUUGUUGUUGGAAAACCAGAUGUUAAUUCUGACGUUAUUUUCAAUGUCAUUCCAGGCCAAACACGUCUAUCCUUGGGUUUAAGAGACAAAUCACUUGCUGAGGAACUAGGCUUUUCAACAAAUAAAUUUCUUGGAACUGUGGGGGAAUUGAAUGUGGAUGGAGUGAAUGUACCUCUUUGGGUGUUUUCCAAAACCGAAGGAAUGUGUGAGGGGGCGACUGGGCCACCAAUGAAAACAGCCACUGGACAUUUCUUCCGCAAUGGCUUUGCCCAAAUACGCUUUCCAGUGGCCGAAAGGAGCAGUUCCAUGCUUGCUGUUCAAUUCAGUGCUUACUCUCCUAACGGUCUUCUCUACUUUAGAGGAAGUCCAACAAGUGGAGAAUUUAUUGGACUUGAAUUGCACGAAGGUGCAGUUUCCCUAAAAGCUGAUUUUGGGCCACAAGCAAAAAUAGCUCUUCAAUUGAACGGGACGAACUAUGCAGAUGGGAGGGCACAUAAAGUUAGAGUAAUUAGAAGAGAUGGAGAAGUGCAUUUACAGGCCGAUCCAGAAGCGGACCACAUCUCUAUAGCCUUAGAUGACAGCAAAGCUUUACUUGACAUUACAGAGUCUGACCAUUUUGUUGGCGGAGUACCUCCCGACUUCCCAACAGCUCAUUUCCUUCAAGACCAUGACCUCAACUUUGAAGGCUUCUUUGGGUGUAUUCACUCAGUUCGGCCAAAUCAACUUUCGGAACUUGAUUUGGAUAAUCCUUUGAGAGCACAACGAAAAGAAGCGGGUUGUAGAUAUCAAGAGGAGAGGCUUAGCACUUCUGAAAGAAUUAUUGGAUUUCAAGGAAUUGAUGGUGGCUUCCUCAAAACCCGUGGAAUCUUAUUAGAUUCUGAUUCAACCUUCUCUUUCAAUUUUCGCACAAAAAGUUUGAAUGCUAUUUUGCUCUAUCAAUCAGCAGAUUUACAAAAAUUGGAACAACAACGGAGAGCUAAAAGAAGGAGGAGGACAAUGGGAGAAAAAGAGAAAUUAGAAGAGAUUAGUUGGAGAGAACGAAGGGGUGUCCUUACAAAUCCGAACGAUCAAUCAUUUUUGGCCUUUUACCUAAUUGAUGGACGUUUAACUAUACAUUUGGGGACAGACUCCGAGGAACGUGUAAAACGCCCAGUUAUUAGUUCAACGCAAACUUAUUCUGAUGGAUUGCUGCAUUCUGUGUUUCUCUCUCGUAUGGGGAAAGAAAUCCAAGUUCGUAUAAACGACAGAGAAGUUCUAGCCACAAUACUAGAUGAUGAACGUUCUAUUGGAGGAGACCGAUGGAAUAUGUUAUUGGGUGGAGUACCUUCAAGGUUGCAAAGUUUAAUUCAAGAUUCUGAAUUGGGAACUGUAGAAUCGUUGGCUGGAUGUCUUUCUGAUUUUCAGUUGGAUUAUGAGUAUGUUGAUGAAAAACCGUUCAAAAUUCCUUUUUUAAUUUUAGACGUUUACCAAUAAUU